GGAAUCAUUCCUGGAUUAUUAGAUGUGUGUGGCGUUCAUCAGCUGGCAAUAUUUGUGAAAGGGAGAGAAAAUAGAGAAAAUCUACAAAGCACAGCAUUGGUCUAUCCACACAUUAAUUGUGUUGGUCUAUUUAUAGAGAGCUAAGUUCCGUGCGUGCUCUGUGUAUGCUUUGAACAUCUCUUGCCCUACAUCUUGUGUUUUGGCCGAGUCAGUGAAACGGAAACGUGUGUGGAGGAUGCACAUGCACAGUGUUGUGUUUGUGUAUUAGAAAAUCAUUAAUUCAAGUGGCAUCCUUUGGGGAUUUUCAUAAACUCAAUUGCUAAACAGAAGCAAGCACACUUUCGAGAUGAAUCCGUGUGCGGUGUGUGAAACUCCAACGAAAAACAAUUGCUCCAAUUGCAACCAAGUCUCCUACUGCUCGGUGCAGCAUCAGAAGCAACACUGGAAGGCGCACAAGCCCAACUGUCAUCCAUUUAAGAUUGCACACAAUGAGCUGCUGGGUCGCCAUUUGGUUGCCACACGUAACAUCAAGCCCUAUGAGAUUAUUCUCAAGGAGGCGCCACUGGUCCGUGGUCCAGCUCAAAUCUCGGCGCCGGUUUGCAUGGGUUGCCUGAACAGCAUCGAGGCCAACGAUCACAUCGAUUGCGACAAAUGUGGCUGGCCAUUGUGUGGGCCAGAAUGCCAAGCGCUGGACGAGCACAAGGCCGAGUGUCAGCUGACACAGGAUCGCGGACAGAAAGUCAACGUUCAUGAGUUUAAUGGCCCGCAUCCUUUGUACACCUGCGUUAGCACCGUUCGUUGUUUACUCAUCAAUGAGACGAGCCCGGAGAAUGCGGAGAAGUUCAAGCAACUGGAGUCGCUGGAGCACACGCGUCGGGGUUCGAAUCAAUGGAAGGCGGACUUGGCCAGCAUUGGACAGUUCAUACCCAAGUUCUUUCGAACUGAAAAAUUCAGCGAGGAAGAAAUUAUGCGCACUGUGGGCGCGCUGCAGAUCAAUGGACACGAGGUGCCCACUUCGGAUCCGCCACAUGUGGCCGUCUUCUACACGGCCUCGUUCACCGAGAACUCCUGUCUCCCUAAUCUGGCCAAGAGCUUUAACAAAAAUGGAGACUGUGUGCUCUGGGCACCUCAGGCGAUCAAGAAGAAUGCACAUCUGAGCAUUUGCUACUCUGAUGCAGUUUGGGGCACUGCGGAUCGACAGCGGCAUCUCAUGCAGACCAAGCUCUUCAAGUGCAUCUGUGAUCGUUGCAAGGAUAUCACUGAGCUGGGCACCAACUACAGCGCCAUCAAAUGCGAGGAUCGCAACUGCUCGGGUAUCUUGUUGCCUAGCAAAGCAGAUGACUGGAAUGCCAGCUGGCGCUGUUUGGAGUGUCAGAAGCAAGUGCAGAAAAAAUAUGUGGAUGGCAUUUUGGAACGUGCUGGGCAGGACAUUCAGAACAUGGAGAAAAACGAAGAGAAUAUCCUCAAAUACCUUAAGCACUACGAGAAAUGGUUGCCUUCAUAUCAUUAUCAUAUGAAUGAAGUAAAAAUUCUGCUGGUUCAGCUGCUCGCCAAGAAUCAGGCCGAACUGAUGGUCAUCUCCGAUGAGAAGCUCACACUUAAACUGCAGUAUGCCAGGGAUUUGAUUCUGCUCUAUGAGAAAAUUGCGCCCUGUGAAGUGCGCAUGCUGGGAACACUUUGCUUUGAGCUGCAUUCGGCAAUUGCUGAGCAGACGCGUCGCAUCUCAUUGCAGACAAGUCUGUCGCCCAAAGAGAUGCUGGAGGAGUCGUUGCUGUAUGUGGAGAAAUGUGUCAACUAUUUGCAAUAUGAAUCCGACAUUUUCAUCGAGGGACAUAUUUUAAAGCAAGCGAAAAUCAAUCGUGAUGCGCUACGCAUGGUUAUCAGAAUAUCCUAAUUACGUCCUUUCGACUAGUCUUUAAAUUUUAUUGUUUCUCUGCUCAAAAAAAAAAAUCAAAAUAACAAAUUAAAACAAGCCUUCAUCAACAAAA